CCUGCGCUCCUCCGCGCGCUUCAAACGCCUUUUAACGGAUUUCUCGCAAACGAGGGUUGCUGAGCGGCACGCGGGCGCGAUGAGGGAUGUACCGUUAGACCAUUUUUGGCCAUACGGUUGCCAUUUUUCUCGCUCGGCGACGUUAAAGCUGCAACAUGCCAGUUUUUGAAUUGGAAUUUUGAACACAACAAAACAAAGGAAACUCUGGACAUAGCAGGAGUGGAGGAGCACGGAGGAGCACGGAGGAACAUCUGGGGUUCGGUUUUCGACGAAGUGUAGUCGAGAUGAUUUGACCCCGCCCCCCUUCCAUCUGACCCGUCCAGGAGAAGGCCCGCCCGUCCCAGUAGGAAUGCCCCCUCUGGCCCGGUGCCAAGCUCUGCCCGCUGCCACGCCCACUGCUCCUCUUCCUCUUGCCUUCCCGCCCCCUGCCGCCAUCACCGCCAUCUGCAGGCUCCUGCAUCAUGAAGGAUGAGGUCAUCAGCACCAACGCGCUGGCCUGGCUGGUGUGCUCGGGCGUGUCCAUCCUGGCCAACGCCUGGGGCAUCCUGAGCGUGAGCGCCAAGCAGAAGAAGUGGAAGCCACUGGAGUUCCUCAUCUGCACGCUGGCCGGCACGCACAUCCUCAACAUGGGCAUCCCCAUCACCAUGUACUGUGUCAUCCAGCUCCGGCGCCAGCACUCCAGCUACGAGUGGAACGAAGGCCUCUGCAAGGUGUUCGUCUCCACCUUCUACACCCUCACCCUGGUCACUUGCUUCUCCGUCACCUCGCUGUCCUACCACCGCAUGUGGAUGGUGCGCUGGCCCGUCAAUUACAGGUUGAGCAACACAAAGAAGCAGGCUGUGCACACAGUUAUGGGCAUCUGGAUGGUCUCCUUCAUCCUGUCCACUCUGCCGGCCGUGGGCUGGCACGACACCAGCGAGCGCUUCUACGCCCACGACUGUCGCUUCAUUGUGACGGAGAUUGGCCUGGGCUUUGGUGUCUGCUUCCUGCUGCUGAUCAGUGGCAGCGUGGCCAUGGGCGUCAUCUGCAUCGGCAUCGCCCUCUUCCAGACCUUCUCCAUCCAGACGGGACACAACGUGGAUAAGAACAAGUUCAACGUGCCCACCAUUGUAGUGGAGGACGCGCAGGGCAAGCGCCGCUCGUCCAUUGACGGCUCCGAGCCCAUCAAGACCUCUCUGCAGAUCACUUACCUGAUCAGCGGCAUCGUCUUCAUCUACGACUUCCUCACUGGCUUCCCCAUUCUGGUGGUGAGUUUUGCUAGUUUGAAGUACGACCGCUCCUACAGCUGGAUGGUGCUGUGUGUGCUCUGGUGCUCCAUAGCUCAGUCCAUCCUGCUCCCCAUGUUCCUCUGGGCCUGUGACCGAUACAGGGCUGACGUCAAGAUGGUCUGGGAGAAGUGCGUGGCCAUUAUGUCCAAUGACGACGUGGACGAAGAAAACAGCCAGGAUGGAGGCAUUCAUCCGGACUUAAUAUAUGACAGACCAUAUGACUAUAGCUCUGCUGCUGAUAUCAUGACGGUAGACCGUAUUGCCAAGUACGAAUUCUCGACCUUAGAAAGGGGGGUCCCCCAGGGUUAUCCAUUGAGGGAGCCUCAGGAAGAUAAAAUGCACUAUUUGCAGGUGCCCCCUACAAGAAGAUACUCCCACGACGAAACCGACAUGUGGACCACCGGGCAGAUCCCUUCAUACCUGCAUCGCUGGGGCUCCACCGAGGACAUGGUGGGGAUCCCGCAGUACAGCUCGCCGCGCCACGAGAGGCGGCGGAGCAGCCUGGUGUCCUACCACGAGGAGAGCCGCCCGCAGCGCAUGCGCCGGAGGUCCGAGGACACACACUCACUCAAGCAGCUGCCGCGCGUCGAACGCUAUGAGGACGACUUCAAGUGCUUCAGCCGUGACGAGGUGGUCAACUUCAUUGACGAGACGCCGCUGGCCAGCCCCAUGAGGAGCCCGCGGCGUGCCUCCGCUGUCUCGCUUGUGCCCGACACCUCGUAUGAGCAGCACGUCAUCCUGCUGCCGCACUUCCCGCUCACACACUUCGAGCGCGAGCCUCAGGCCCUGCGCCGCAGCUCCGAGCACAUCAAGAGUUCCCGCAGUGAACUGGCUCAGGAGUCACCCAGGAAGCAGGGCUCAAGCAAAUUCUGCGGCGAUAACAAGGGGUGCCGCGAGCACCGGCAGGACACUAAGCGUGUGCAUGAAGCGGUCCUUCCGGGCCAGGGCAUGCGGACAGAGGUGCACUCACCGCUCAGGGGAAAAACAGGACAGGCGGAGGCGCUCGCCUGGGCAGUGGACCACAAGCAGCACGUGACUAAGGGCGAGGGCAAAGGAAGCACAAAUAGUUUCUUAAACUCGGCGGCCGCGUCCUCGGGUUACGUCACAUUUCACGAUUCCAUAGGAUCGACGAGCUAAGGAGCCUACGGCAGUUUUGUUAUUGUAUGUCAUGAUAAUCUCUUAAUAUCAAUAUUAGUAUUAACGUUAUAACUAUACAAGUGGAAUGUUUUUGUAAUCUAGGCACUCCGUUAUUGAGUCUUGAGGAGUGGUCGACGGGUCGAGGCAGAGAGACAUUCUUUUUUAGCUAUUUUAUUAAAUGUUACAAGCAUAUGUAACAUUGUGCUCUGUAUCGCAUACUUUGGAGUUGAUAUGUCAGGAGCCAGUUCGCUUUGGAGCUUUCUUGUUCAGUUUCGUCCUUGCAUUUCAUAAAGCCUCAAGUUGGGAGUAGAAAGGGCCUCAUGUUCAGCAGUGUAUAGCUUCUGUUUACAAACAUACACUAGCAACACAAAUUUUUAUCUGAUAUUCCACUCUUUCCAGUGUUUUUGUUGUUUCUGAUUAUGUGACGUUGUUUUUUUAAGUAAUUGAAUAAAUGUACAGUAAUCAUAUAAUUUGCAUCUGAAAAGGAAGGCUCUCAUGUUGGAGUCCAACAUUUUCCAAAGCACUUUUACUUCACGCUUAAAAGUUAUAAAUUAUUUUGUUUAUAACAAAACAUACUGAAGCUAAAGUUGCAGAUUACAUAUCAGUAUCGCAACCCAAUUUCUUUGCUAUUUACUAAAAUGUAGUAAGGGAUCCGGAAAGAGGUCAAAGACAUUUUUUAAUUGGUUCUGUAUUUAGGGGGAAAUGUGUAAUUAGCUUAUAUGGAUCAUUCUACCAAAUUUGUUUAAAAUCAGAGUUGAAAACGCAUUUCAGACUUUUUGCUGACUUGAACUUUACACUAAAAUAGGUUGGCUAUAUACCUUUUAUUUAUUUUAAUUUGUUUUAUUUAAAAGAGUGAAUAUUCCAUUUUGUCACUACCAAAGCAGUCAAAACACAGUAGUGACUGUUUCAGUAGUGCAAAUGAAAGCUUUGGGUUUAAAUACAUCAUAAUUUUGUUGUUACUGUUUAAAUACAUCAUAAUUUUGUUGUUACUGUUUAAAUACGUCAUAAUUUUGCUGUUGCUGUUACUGUGGGAGAACAGUUUGAACUAAUUUAGUAGAAUGAUCCAUAUAGUAUACUGUAAGGUAAAAUGUCCCCCUCCCACAAGUUCAUUUAUAUAGAAAACCACCAAUUUCCUUUUCGAGUUUCUUCUGAUGUUUUGGGUGCCUGAACAUAUUAAUAAACUGUUAUUAUUUAUUGAGAUUCAGUAUCUCUACUGGGACAAAAUGCCCUGUGUUCCUCUAAGCUCUGUUUAUACUGUUUCAAGCUGUAAAACAGUGUAAGAUGUAAUAUGUGUUAUAUUUAGGUUCAUGUCAUAUUGGCACAAAUUAUAACUAUGUUAGAUAAUGCAGCAUGUAGGCUUGCUAGAUAGUUAAGCCAUGGAUUACAUCUGUACAGUUGUAUGCAAACAUUUGGGUGCCCCCGAUCAAAAGACAUGUUUUGUUGAUUUUCGAGGUGAAAUAAGUUAAC